CUACUGAGAACACACGGGGAAUAGACGAACAACAGUGACUAGGAAGAUAAAUACUAUUCUAAGACGUUUGGAUAGGCCAAUGCUUUUGGAUAACUUUUACGCACGGACCGGUAUUUUUUAAUACGAUGUGUGGAUUACUCAAACGCAUACCAAUGUGAUCUGACUAAUCUGUUUACACAUAUUUUACCUAUACGAACGUAAAAGCUAACCGGUAAAAGGGAUUUCUCAACUGAAUCAUCGGCGUCACGUCUCCACUCCAGCCUGCACCCGUAAUAGAAACACGGAUCGCUUCACACUUUGCGCAAAGAGAUACUUGUGCCACCCAAACGCGUGUUGCACCUACGGACACUUUUCAAUGCUUCAAGGACACUUAUCCCGUGGAUAGUGUUGUUGUUUACCAGAAUGCUGCUUCUCUCUUACUUUUUGGUGCUGGUGUUUCCAGCGGCACUUUUUGCUGCGGCCCAAAGCGCUGGAGAUCUGCACGCCUUCAGCCUUCCCCAUGCUUCCUUCGACCCAACAGACCCCUGCCUGGUGGUGACUCCUCCAUGUAUGAGUGAAGCGGACCGCUACAGUCUCGAGGCUCUGAGGAACAUCCAUCAGAUGAUGGACGAUGACCAGGACGGAGGCAUUGAGGUGGAGGAGAGUGUCGAGUUCAUCAUUGAGGACAUGAAACAGCAGCAGACCAACAAACACAGUAACCUGCACAGAGAAGACCAGCACAUCACAGUAGAAGAACUGUGGAGAGGCUGGAAAUCUUCCCAAGAAGUGCUCCGCUGGCUGAAAGAUUUUGUGGAACUACCACAGUAUGAAAAGAACUUUAAAGAGUUUAAAGUAACUGGAAAUACACUCCCACGGAUUGCAGCAAAUGAGCCAUCCUUCUUGAGUGGACAGCUCAAAGUCCAGGACCAGAGGGACAAGCAGAAGCUCAACAUUAAAGCGCUUGAUGUGGUGCUCUUUGGACCACCAACAAGACCUCAUAACUACAUGAAAGACCUGCUGCUUAUUGUAUCCGUGGUCAUGGGAAUUGGAGGUUGCUGGUUUGCCCAAGCCCAGAACAAAGCAAGCAAGAUCCACAUUGCCAAGAUGAUGAAGGAUCUAGAGAGCCUCCAGAGUGCGGAGCAGAGCCUCAUGGAGUUGCAGGAACAGCUGGAGCGUGCCCAAGAGGAGAAGCGCAGUGUAGCAGAGGAGAAGCAGAGUCUGGAGGAGAAGAUGAGAGAUGAGAUCAUGGGGGCACAGGAGGAGGCCCACCGUCUGCAUGAGCUCCGACGAGGAGCAGUCAGCGAACUCAGUCGCCUGAGAUAUGCUGAGGAAGAACUGGAGCAGGUGCGUGAGGUGCUAAAGCAGGCUGAGAAGGACAUGCAGGCAAGCUGGACGGUCUCUGAGGCUCUCCAGCAAUGGCUGCAGCUCACACAUGAAGUGGAGGUCCAGUACUACAAUGUCAAAAAGCACAGUGCUGAACUUCAGCUUGGAACAGCCAAAGAAGAAGCAGAAAGAAUUAAGAAGAAACGAAGCUCUGUGCUGGGGACUCUUCAUGUGGCACACAGUUCAUCUCUGGAUCAAGUUGACCAAAAGAUUCUUGAGGCAAAAAAUGCUUUAUCUGAAGUUACGGCCUGCUUACGAGAGCGUCUUCAUCGCUGGCAGCAGAUUGAGCGACUGUGUGGCUUUCCAAUCAUGAGGAAUCCAGGUCUGGCAAACCUGACUGCUCAGCUUUACUCUGACCCAACCACCUUUGGUCUGCCACGAGUUUCCCAGUCCGGAUGCUUGUACCACAGUGCAGCCCAUGGAUCUAUUGAGGAUCUUCUGGAGGAGACACCUAUGAUACAGCAGAUGCCAGUGCCACCUAUGAAGUGCUCACCCCAAACUCAUCCCUCUCGAGUGUCCAGGACACGCCGCUCUGGUGUUGUCACACAACCUCCAGUGUCCAUGAUCUCCCCAGACCCUGACCUCCUCAUUCCUAUACGUGCCCCGUACCCAUGCUUUGAGGAGGAGGAAGUACUCCUGCGCAAAACUCUGAUAAAGCAAGAUUCCCAGGAAAAGUAUGCUGACCAAGGUUUCAUGACAUCACUUUCAGUUGGCAAAAUGUAUCCCAGUUCUCCUCUUGAAAUGCCUCUUCGAAAACCUUACCCAGAUGAACCAGAGAUGCCAGCAGAUGUGUCUCUGACCAAAGUCAGAGAUCCAGAUGAGCCGAUAGAGUCACCAGUUCACAAAGUUUCUAUUGAGGAACUAGAGACCAUUGUGGAUUCAGCCACCAGAAGGAUGAUCCAGGACAAAGACCUAGAUUCCUCUCUUGAGAACCAGUCCUUGAGGGCAUCUAGAGAAGAACAUCCACUGAAGAUGUUUCAGGAUAUGGGUGAAACUCCUAUUGAUGCUGCAGUCAAAAAAACCUUUCUUACUGAGUUUGAUUCUGAUUUUGCCUGUAGAAGACCUGAGCAAGAUACACUAGGUGAUUUGUCAGACUCUCUGUCAAGAGAAAGAAGUGAGUAUCCACGAGAUGUUAGGAAGAUUAUCUGGUCUGAAGUGGAAGCUUCUGACUUGGCUCCACGUAAGCUAACAAGAGGUAUGAUGGGGACAUCAAUUGACAGUGUUCCGAGAAAGCUGUUUCGAGAUGAAGCAGAGUACUCCUAUGAAUCACUGCCCAAAAGAAUUGGCAGAGACCCAGUGGGGAUGUCCUUUGAUACAGGUUCAAGGAAAAUCUCAUGGACAAAAGGAGAUUUAGAUGCUAAGAAAGUUGGCCUGGACAAAAUGAUUGAGAUGCAUCGUAACCCGGCUCGAAAGGUGUCCAGAGAGGAACUAGAGUAUCCUUCUGAUAUUGGCUCCAUUCGGAUGAUCCCUAGAGAGAUACCAGUGGAUACCUGUUUUACAGCUGAGCGUCAGGAGUAUGCUUAUGAGCCAGUCAGUCGAAGAAUAGUUAGGGAGGACCCUGACAUGUCUGCCCCGUCUCUAAGGAGAAGAAUACAGAGGAUGGUUGACAGUUCUAUGGAUACUCCUACUAGUAAAAUCUCAGCUGAUAGAGUUGAUGAAAUACCUGAGCAUCUUCUAAUGAGGGAAGACUUGGAAGAAGCAAGCACAUUCUCAGGAAGAAUCAGUCAACCAGAUAUAACAGCAACAUCCCAGGUGCCAUGGAAGUCCUCCGCUGACAUUUUCAGUGUUGGUCCAUUGAGCCAGCUGGUCUACGAUGGGAUUUUAGAGAAGUCCUGCCAUUCUAUGGGCACCACUGCGACUGGUCUCUCUGCCUCCACUCCCAACCUGCAGCAGACUGGUGUGCCCGGGGAGGAGUCCACAGCCCACCUGGCCACACAGGCUUUACAUGCAGCUACUGAAGUAGUCCAGGAGACAGCUGAGGAGAAGAACAGGGACAAAGACAAGGGCAAGAAGUCCUUAAAGCUCAAAAAUCUCUUUAAAAAGAAACGCGAGUCUAGUCCAGAGAAGUCUCAGAGUGGUCUGCAUAAGCUCUGACCCAUGCCCAUUGUGGUUAUUUAGUGUUUUGAGAAAAGUACCAUGUUUACUAUGUUGACUGUAGUUUUGUAAAUUUUGGCUCUUUAUUUAAUUUAAUAUUUACUUGAUUUAUUGUCUUAGACAAUCAUGUGGGUUAACCACAAUUUACUUAAUACAAGCAUGUACUUUUGAGUUUCAAAUGCUGCUAUCCCCUUUACAUCACUGGACUGUGAGCUGCAUCAGAUGAGUGCCUUUACUGUAGCCUACACUAGGGCUUUGAGACUGCCACAUUGCUUAAACUCUCUCCUUAAUCCAAUCAUUUAAUACAAAUAUAACAUCAUAUAAUAUUGUUGAAAGACAACAGUUGUAUAUUUGAAAAGGUUAUUAUGUUAUGUGAUACAGUUCAUACUUAAGCUAUUUUAGCAUCGUAAGUCUUUGGUAUUAUUUAAUGCCUUUUUAGUUUAGAAUAUGUAGUUUUAUAUUUGUACUGAAAAUGAAAUUAUUUAGAUUUGACUUGUAAGAAUAUUUUAUUCACGCUUAGAUAAUUCUGUUUGUAAUAAGGGAUAGAUAAAUUACUAUUGAGAGGCAGUUUUAUAGCUGAAUUUCAGAGUGCAAUACUGUUUUUUUGUAAAACAAACAAACAAAAAAGGAAUUAUACUCCAUUAUUUUUGUUGUGUAAAGGCUACCUCUCUUUUAUUGAUUUGUUGUGGCCUAUACUUUUGCAAACAGUAACUUUACACUGUGGAUAUUUUCUGUUUCUCUUGACUUCAGUGUCUGGACACAGAAUGUCUUUGUUCAAUUCAAAGAAUUUGUUUGCUCACAUUUAACCCAAAUUUAAGACGAAAAAGCUGUCACUACUGUAUUUUAUCCUUAAUACUUUUCCCCGUGUAGGCUGUACUUGAUCUCCACUAUAUACUUCUAUUAAGUUUACACAUUUGGCAGUUAACUUGUUUUUGAACAUACUUUCUUUCUUUUUGAUUGAUAAAAUUCAAUCUUUGGACACUGUGAGCCUGUCAUUAUAUGUAUGAAUGAUGCCAUCUGCUGGACAUUUUUAUUAAA